UCAAAUUAAUAUUUAUAAAUUACGUAAUCAUGGAAGCCAGCAAACCUUUGAAAGGAAUCACUGUUCUAGAGUUUGAAGGGUACCCUCCACUUACAUUCUGAGGGCUGAUGCUAGCUGAAUUGGGAGCAACUGUAAUCCAUGUGGGGAAAAAGAAGCCUGUACCUGUUCUAGAUACUCUCAGUAAAGGAAAAUCAAUCAUAAUUAACUUAAAAUAAGCUAGAGGGGGAGAACUCAAGGCAGAUUAUUCUUGACUUAUUACCUAAAAUAGAUGUUAUAAUUGAAGGCUACAGACCUGGAACAAUGGAGAAGCUUGGCCUUGGUCCUGAAGAUGUGAAACAAGCGACUGCUCAGAAGAAUUCAGUAGACUUUGUGCAACUCAAAAGAAACAAGAAAUUUCCGGACCAAAGUUUAGGCCAUAUAAAAUAAAGAUAUCUUGUAUUGCAGACUCUCAGGGUUUGGACAAGAAGGUGAAAAUCAUCUAAUUGCUGGUCAUGAUUUGAGCUACCUAGCCAAAGCAGGGAUUCUAAAAUACAUUAGAAGAUACGGGUAUAAUACUAAAGAUAAUCCAUCGAAGGAUAAGCCUGUUAUUCCGUUCAAUUUAGUAGCAGAUUUCUUAGCAGGAAGUACUCUAAUGUUCUCACAGAUCUUAAAGAAACUUGCUGAAAUGAAAGUUGGUGGGAUAACUGAUCCUGGCAUUAUUGAUACAGGGUUGACUCAGAAUUCAGCUUAUUUGUUCAAGGAUAUUCUGUCAAAAGAUGAGAAGCUAGAUGAGCAUGAUUUAUGCCAGCAUCCUCUAAAUACAGUGUAUUGAUCCUCUGAUAAGCAUUAUUUUGCGAUUUGUUUUAACAAACUAGAUGCUAGCUCUCCUGAUGUUCAGGAAGAAAUAAUUGACCUGUUAUCCCAGUUUGGGUAUGAGCGGUCUUUCUUAUCUCUAGAAUCAAUGGAAAAGUUCUUUUUGUCCAAAAAGAUUUCUAAUAUCUUCACAAUUUUUAAAGGAUACCCUGUAGUGCCAGUGAUAAUCCCUACUGAUGUUCUUAAGCAAGAUGACAAGAUACUCGAAAGUUAUGCUCUAAGAGAAACCAUCAUGGAUCUUAUCUCAGAGAGAUACUCUAGUAUUAGCAAAGAUGGGAAAGAUCUUGAGCCGCUGCCUUCUUAUUAUACCUCCCGGAAGGGUUUUCAGAAGCAAAGAAGUAUAAUUAGGGGAGCUGACUAUGAUUACAUCAAAGCGAAAUUCUUGGCAAAGAUAUAAAUUCAAUAAUAGCUAUUGUUUUA